AUGAUACCCGGUCCCAGCCCACCGCAAGAAGCAGAGCACAUCCGCCACCAACAAUUGACGCCAGAGUCGCCCCAGCCGCAGAACGUCCCCUCGCCUGCCAACAUUCCCCUCCUUGUAGAGCAGAUGGACUUGAACUUCACUGGGCCCAUCGACAACAGUAACGGCAGUACCACUUCAGCCUCGCACUACCCUCCGCAAUCGCACACACCCAACACCCUCUCCUCGACGCCCUACUUCGCCGACCAGUCCAACCCGUCGAGCUAUCAGAAUGUACAGCUACAGAGUGGUGGAGGCAGUGCGCCGGCAGGCUUCUUUCAGUCAACAGCGUUCGGUGGCAGCGUGGGUACGCGGGCGGCGCAUGAUACCCCUUCAAUCCACAAUUUCACCCCUCAGCAGCAGUCGCGCGCCGCUUCUGCCAGUGACGCGCCACACGCCUCUGGUCAAGACCCUCACUCUGCGUACCCAUACUCCCAUGACAAUGCGUAUGCUGCCCAGCUAGCGCCAGCCCAGUCUACCCAAGGCACUCACUAUCAGACUGAGGCGCAUGCAGCCACCAGUGUUGACGUACAAGCCUUGUUGGACUCUUUGACACCUGCCACCAACAAUGCGCCUUCAGGCCAAUAUGCUUCUCAAGUGUCUGCGCAGUCGCAGCCCAAUGCGUCAGCUUCUUCCCUGUCUACGACUUCAAAUCUUCCUCCUCGACCUCCAGCGCAGGACAAGUCUGCUACGCAUUCCAACUAUAGUCCGAACGAUGAUAUCAGGUCUUUCCAUCCGUAUAGCCAGAGGCCGCCCACUACCCAGCAGCGUGGCAAUAGUCAAGCACCGCCCUUGAAUAUGCAGAGACAGGACUUUACGACUGUUCCGCGGCCUGGAGUUCAGAGUCCAACUUCUCCAGGCCAAGGUCAGCGACAACUAGCUCAGCGCAGCGAGACACCCGACGAUGAGGAUAUACGGUGGCCACCGGAAAUCAACAGAAAGUACGAAGAGUUCCUAGACCAGGAGAGGAAGUUCGUGACAGAGGGACAGUGGGACCAGUUCCCGAUGGGUUCUCGUCUCUUCAUUGGUAAUCUUCCUACAGAGAAAGUAACCAAGCGGGACAUCUUCCAUCGAUUCUACCGCCAUGGCAGGCUCGCGCAGAUAUCGAUAAAGCAGGCAUAUGGAUUUGUUCAAUUUCUAGACUCUGAGUCAUGUCGUCGGGCUCUGGACGCAGAGCAAGGACAGGCAGUGCGUGGUCGGAAGAUGCAUCUCGAGAUCUCCAAGCCCCAGCGGAAUACAAAAGCAAAGGUUGAACCGCAACCCACCGGAACCCGACGCCGCUCGCGCUCGCCAGACUAUACUAGAGGUGGCACAGGACCAACACCCAGGGAUGGUCGAUAUGGCGGGAGUCCCUUGUCUCCUCGAGAUAGGGAACGGCGUUUUCGCGAUCGGGAUGACUACCGGCCCAUGCGAUCUCCGUCGCCACGCGGUCCUUCUCGAGGAAUGAGGUCAAGAGACAGGAGUCGCGAUAGGUUUGACACACGAUACCGUAGCAGAUCACGGACACCACCUCGAAGACAUCGAAGUCCCUCCCCUCGGCGAGGCUACACCGAGGAUGGCUUAGAUCUACCUCGCAGAUUGCCACAUGAAGUACCCGACAUUCAGAUACUGGUUCUGAAUGAAAGUCUGCCUCGGGACUUCAUCCGCUAUGUAGAAGACGCUUUCCGCUCCCAAAACCUUCGUAGCAACGUCCUCAUUCUUAGCGGUCGGUUUCCUGAGCCGGCUGUUGUUCGAAGGCAGAUUCUCGAGGGAGUGUUGGCCAUUGUGAGACUCGACACGACGGGCUUAUCCAAGGGCAAGGUCAGCGUGCAGAUCUUCGAUCGACGUGGUGGGGCCAAUAAUGUUCAAUUCAAUGAAUAUGCCGACCUUGACCCUACUACUGCCAGUUUGCUUGUCAGCAAUGCUAAGCAGAGUCAGUCACAGCCAGUACAGCCAGUACAACCGCCAGCGCCGUCUUACGGCUUUCCUACCCCGAAUGUACCGCAGUACAGCCAACCGGCGACGACCAACUUCCCUCCUGCACCGACGAGCCAAGCCAAUGUCUCUAACCUCAUCACCUCUCUUGAUCCUGCCAGUUUAUCCCAGCUACUCAGUGCCAUGUCUGGCAACAACAUGCCCCAGAACCCGCAACCUGCCCCUAACCCAGGGUUCAACGCCGACCUUGCUCGCCUACUUGCCCAAGCUCCAAGCCCUGCUCAAACCCCUGGGUUUGGUGGUCCAGCCCAACCAAAUCUGGCCAAUUUGGGCAACCAAUUCCCAGGGCUAGCUUCUUUCUUCGCCAGUCAAGGGCAGCAAGUUGCUCCAUCCGUUCAGGCACCCACCCAGGCUGGUGCUACUCCCGACAUGAAUGAGAUCAUGGCUCAGCUUGCCCAGUAUCAGCGUUGA